AUUUGUUUCGUUCGAUUCGUAUUCGGUCGGCCGUCCGUCCGUUUGUGUGUUCGAUAUUUUUUUACGAACAUACGAUUGUGAAUGUCGCAAUGGUGAAAGAUGAACACAAAUCUCGUUUUGUGUAUGUAUAACGCAGUGCCCUAACGCAAGCGUUAAGUGAAAUGUGAUUUAGUGCAACUUUUGACUAGGAUUUUAAAGCUCCAGGUGGGCGCUCGCAAACAUGGCCGGUGAUGAGUCCAGUGUGCGCGUUGCAGUCAGGAUCCGACCGCAGACACCAGGCGAGGUGCUCGAGGGUUGCGGCGUGUGCGCACGGGCGGGGGGUGCCGCGGGGGAAGGGGGGGUGGCGCUCGGCACCGAGCGGGCCUUCACCUUCGACUACGCCUUCGAGCCGUCGGCGGCGCAGCAGGAUGUCUACGACACGUGCGUCAGGAAGCUGGUGGAGGCGGCCCUCGAUGGCUACAACGCCACUGUACUCGCGUAUGGACAAUCAUUUGGAACNGCUGACUUUAAUUGCUCACCUNACGGGGGGGUGGCACUCGGCACCGAGCGGGCUUUCACCUUCGACUACUCCUUCGAGCCGUCGGCGGCGCAGCAGGAUGUCUACGACACGUGCGUCAGGAAGCUGGUGGAGGCGGCCCUCGAUGGCUACAACGCCACUGUACUCGCGUAUGGACAACGUGUCGCGUGGGCGUUUGACAUUCCUCAAAUAUCACAAAAAGACGUGUUCUGA